AUAUAAUACAUAGGUAUAUUAUGUGUAUAUAUAGUAAAUGUGUUCAUAUAAAUGCGUUUAUAUGUGCGUGAUAAGAGCCAAUGCGAUUAUUGUCGCGCGGAAAGUGAUUUCGAUUUAUGCGAAUUUUUUAACAUGUAUAUUUAUAUUCUGUUCGCGUGUCGUUAAAUAUAUUUUAAAACGUUAGCUCUGUUGAAAUUGAACCUAUUCAAUUAAUCGAGAAUCCGAUUUACAUGUCCGUUGUAAAAUCGAAGCGAUUGCCAAUAAAAAACAAAUCGUAUUAAAUUCUGUCAGGGAUUAAACGUGUGUAUAUAUCAAGGUACGCGUAUUUUUUUGGCGUAUUUAUUAACAACGUCGAUCAAAUGUGGAUAUAUCAUUGCUUGUGUGACAAAAAACAAAAAGAAUACUACUUGUUUUUCUCUGAAAAACACGUGGUCAAAUGACGGUUGAGUCUCUCGACGAAAACGAUUUGCCCGAAAAUACUUACUCGAACCUCGUAAAACCUCGCGAGUUAUUUUCCCGCUUUGUUUUCCUCCCAUUGGGAAAGUUACAACACGUCGAUGUGGACAGAGUGUUUUCUCUUACUUUCAGACGUUGUUGUUGUUAAUUCGCCGGUUGCGUCAUAAUUUCCGUUGUCGAAACGCGCGCGUUAUGCCCGAAAGCGAUAUUUCUUCCGCUUUUCUUUUGUCCGCGCGCGUGACAAAGGACACGAUAAUUGCAAAACCCUGUAUGUACGACCCGGACCGAUGGGUUUUCGCGAGCGAGCGACAAUGCAUCCGCGCGCGCUCAACGUUCGACGGAUAUUGUUUACGGGGUGUUUAAUUUCUGCGGUGUGUAACGCGGGAAAAUAAAUUAGCUUGCUAUCGUAUUUUGGGAAUAUAACGAGAGUGAAAGAGAGAGAGAGAGAGACAGAGAGAGUAUAUAUUUGUGCGUAAAUUUAACAAAGAAGAAACAGAAGUUUAUUGAAAGAAAUAGAUUUCCGUCUUUUUUGUUUUUUUUUUUUUUUUAUUUGGAAUUUGUUGUCUCUCGUGUAAAUUUCUUAUUCGUAUUUUCGCCACGUGUGUCUUGAAACCGCUUACCUAAGCUUAAUCCGCCGUUCGUGUGUAACACCGAGCAAUUUCGUACAAGUUACCCGUCGGAUAUGAUUACGUAUCUAAAGCCACAAAUUAAACGUUGAUUAGAUCAGCAAUUAAAGGAGUACCUUUAUGUACUACCUACUCGGCUACCAAUGCUCGUACAACAGUCACGUGUUUUCCUUCAACUAGUUGUGCCUAACUUCUCUGAUUAGUUAACUCUUCUUGCUGUUCGAAGCAGUCGUAGGGAAUACUCUUGAUGGCGCAAGAGAUGAAGGAGAUGAUUGAGGAGUUUAAAGAGAACCAGAUCUAUUUUUUUUUUUGUUGGAAUUAAAUCGAUAAAUAAUAUUUAAACAAUGAGACGUGCAUCGUCAAAAAUGCAUCAAACGUUUCUUCCUUUUGUUUUCGACGAGUCAAUUUAUUCGCGAGGUUGCUUAUUUUUUUUUUUUUUUCCGACGCGUAUGUAAUUAAUUCUUCAUGCGCGUCGGAAGUUUUUUUCCCGUCCUACUCGGACAGACUCUCUCGCAAAAGACUCGACACGCGAACGAGCAAUUUGCGCGGUUAGGCUGCGCCCUGCGUCGCGUCCUGCCUAAUAACCCGUUAAUAUGCCGCUCGCAAUCAGGCAUCGGUCUAUAUUAAACGUAUUGCGAGCCUUUGAAAUGACUCGGUAAAUUAUCUACAAUGUACUUGUACUCCCCGCGCACCGGCGAGACUCCCUUUUCCCCGCCAAUUAUAAUGAGCGUUUACGCACCGAGCAAUUAAUUAGGUGGAUUAAUUUAAUAAACCAUUAAGAGCAAUCGCGCGCGCGCGCGCGUGUGUAUGUGUGUGUAUGACGACCCCAACGCGGCCAGGUAUCGUCUAUUAUAGCGCGUUGAAUUAAUGUAGACGACAUUGAGUAAAUUUGACAACAAACGUUUUUCAUUUAAAAAACCGACAAUUGCUCGAGGGAGUAGAAGUGUAAAAGAGGUAAUGUAAUGGCAGUGUAAGAUCUGCAAAUUGCGAGUUUUGCCAGAGAAUUGACACACGUCUUACAUUCAGUUAUUGUAGUAUCUUGUUGAUAGAAACGCGCAGCUGCGUCGAGGUAUUUAUUACAUUCCUGAUAUGACAACACGCACGCACGCACACAAUAAUCCCCGCUAACCAUAUACACAAUAGAUACAUAUGUGCAUCUGGAUGGAUAUGACGACAAGGUGUUAUAUAUAUCGAUUUCUCUGUUGAUUGUACACAAGCAGAGUAUAAUUGGCCGAGACUCGGACACGAGCCCAAAUGGACACGGCCGAAAUGUAUUACCGCAUCGUAAUGAAAAUUGGUCGUUUGCGAAUCGGUCACCUCUAAUAGAGGAUCACAGAGGAUUUGUUAACGGUGUUCCAGUUGUGUCCGGCAAAUUACUGUUCCCGCGUUAAUACCCCGUGAUUCGUUUCCCCGAACGAAUUCGAACCAACUUUAGCGCGAAUAAAUUAUUCUUAAAUCAAUUUUCGACUGUGCAUUAAAGCCUCCCCCCCUUCCGUUUCGUAUAAAACAAGUCUCAUGUGUUGUGUGUGUAUCAAUUUUACAAAACACGCUUGUUAAAAGCUUUCUUUUUUCGAACAACAAAAAAAAACAAAUAAAAUAAACAAAAUUUUUCUCGCGUAUCAACGUUUUUCCCCUACCGCUCGUAAAUUCAUUCGAUCUGCCGCGAUGUGUAAAGGGAGGCGACGAAAUUGUGAAACGUGUCAGCACAAUGUUCUCUGUUUUUUUUUGUUUGUUUAUUUUUUGUUGUUUUUCCUCGGCGUGGAGCUGUGCCGCGGGCUACGAGAAGCCAAUCGGACCCAUUGUUUCCGGGCAUGAAACAAGUACAUACGGUAACGUUCGAUUGCCCAGUGUUUGCGAAAGGGUUACGCCAGUUUGGGGCGGAUUGUUUGUCUCGUUCAUUUAACGGCCGAAAGGGUUUGGAGGGGAGAGAGAGCGAUACCCUCGACGGGGAACGGAUGACGCACAGGUGAACAUGUAACGCACACGGCGGGAACCGGAAAUGACUCCGGAUUCCGGUCGUCGAUAAGUCUCUCAAGCGGAGGGAGGAGUGUCUUCCUUCGUUCUCGACGACAACCGAUCCGAUUAUAUCGCGGAGCCGUUUGAGCCGUGUGCGUUUAUAACGGGAAAUUGAGAUUAGGCGAAGUUCACGUGGAAAUUGGAUUGCGACGACACACGCUCAUAAAUCUGGUUCAUAUUGGGUCAUCUCAAAAUGUGCGAUAUAUAGCUCUUCCCCGAAACCUGCGUCACGCAAUUUUAAAUUUUCAUAAUUUUUUCUAUAUUUGUAGCCACGCAAAAAAAAAAACAAAUUAUAUGGCGCACGUUCUCACACGUUCAACAGAGCCCGCAUAGUCCGCGCAACUUUACGGUUCGUGAAUAAUGUCUGCGCGGACUAGACAGCGGCAGGUGGACCGUACUUGGCCGUUUCCGGCGGGCAGAUCCGUUUUAAAGCUAAAACGCAUUUCGGUUCGUCGCGCUACGGCGACCACGCAUUUCUGCUUCUCAAGAGAUUUAUUUUUUCUUAUUAGAUUUUUAUAUUUUUUUUAUUCACACACACACACAUUCACACAAGACGUAUUGAAACCUUCGAUGAUUGCUUACACGUAUGAAGUGUCCGUGAAAGAGACGCAUCUUCCGCGUCUUUCGAGAUUUCUUUGAGGAAACUUGGAUUUUUAUGGAAAAAGUAAGGUGAUUUUCCGUCGCCGAUUUCGGAACACUCCACUUACGAUAAGCGAAAUAGAAAAGUAAACAGACGUAGAGCGUGGAGUUUGUAUAAAAAAAAAAAAAAAUCGAACGGAUGGAAGAUUGAAAAUCUGGAAAAUUGUUCCAAAAAAAAUUGGCACAGAUGGAUCGCAACUUAGUGAUGAAAGUAGCUUUUUUGUGAUUUGUAUUUGCGUGGAUAAUUAUUACUGAUGGAAUAAAAGUUAAAGAUUUUUAAUCGUCAAAUCUUGUGACGACAAAAUUAUUCGCACUGCAUGUAAUUUAUGUUAUACCGGCGCGGAAUAAUUUAUUUAGAUAAUAGAGACAAAAUACGACCACACGCGGAACAGGAAUCAGGCGGAGAGAUAUCUACGUUCCGUUUCUCUGUCGCGCGAUGCGAGAUGUUGUAUCUGUCUGUCUUGCGAAACAGACGUAUCUGUCGUGUAAAAUCUGUUAACGGGCGCGCGGGCGCAUUCGGCAGAUGCUAUCAUUUCCGGACGGUCGAAAUUACGGCAAUUUAGAGGUAGAUCGAGCGAAUGCCGGACGGACCGCGCUCGGCAUCGUCCUCCCUCUACAUAUAUCGGCUUGCGCGCGGCAGCUGCUUGUUUUCACGACGUACGUAAUGUAUGUGCGCCGGGCGGAGUUAUAUUUCACCCUUGAGAAAUUGCGGUUUAUCUAUCGAUGAGUGGGAAGAGGAUUACAGGUUUAACCCGAUGUGUUUUCGCGGUGCGUAAGUUGGACCGCCCAUCUACGCGCUUCAUUAUUUCACGGCUCGAGUUUUUGUGUUGUAACCGGAACGAUGACAUGCAUUUUUGAAAGACCGUCAUGAAUAACAUCGCGCGUCAAUUUCCUCGUGCAGUAAAAAAAGAAAGCGCUCGCUUUUCUCUCUAGAGAGAUAUUUCUGAAAAAAUUAUCCACUGCCGUAACUGACUUUGCAGAGGAGCGGGUCGAUUCUUGUCUCUCUAAAAUUAUUAAAAUUAGUUUCUCAAAAAGAAAUCAACAAAAGAAUUAAUAAACUUGGUUUUCAUCAAAAGAAAUUUAAUACAGUUCUGUCAGAAUAUUAGAGAGAUAAUAAUAAAAAAAAAAAAGAUUUUCGACAACAAUAAGAGCAGCUCCGGAGACACACAGUAUUGCUUUCUUUGUGCGACGUGCACGGUCAAAUAUAAAGUGCAUCUGCCUGGCAAAAGGACAAAAGUUCUACGGCUGAGGUAACGAAAACCAGUGCUCUGUGUGUGUGUGUGUGUGUGUGUAUGAGCGGUUCUAAAGCUAGCUUCACUACCAACCUGUCAUUCUAAUAAAUUCGAUCGCGCAACGGCCAUGCAACGUUAUCGGCAGAUAGCUUCGGUUAUAAGUCGCACGAGCAGGUUCUCUUCUCGUCAAACUCGCUCGUUUUUCGCGCAAAUUCAAUUUCCUUCGUCGUCGCAAAUACGGAAUUACAGAUCUAGAGAAGUAUAUAUAUAUAUAUAUAUUAGCCGCGAGAUUGCCGGCGUGCGUGAAUUAUUACGCAGAUUUGUUAAAUGUACAUCAGCUGGCGCGCUCUCCAAGUACUCCGCAGUCUCGUUCCUGCGAGCUACGGAUGAUACUCUCCGAAUUCUAACGAAAUUAGAUGUUCAAUAUCGACUUUUUCUCUUCUCCGAACAAAUAUUCCAAACGUGCGCACUUCAAGGAAAAUUGAUCAAACAAUCCGGUUUUUAUAUAUGAUCGUUUUGUCACUCCAAAAUUUGUUUACAUCCGUCGCAUGUCAAAAGAGUGCAAUUAUAUUGCACUCUUAAAACGCGUUCUGUAUUAUGUAAUUUAAUUUUUUUUUGAACAGACAACAUACAUUACGGAUUCUCUCUCUCUUGUCUUGAUAAUUCACGAUUGGAAGUCAUCGAUUUCCGCGUCCCUCCCGAGAGAUUCCGUUCGAUUGUUUCGAGUCACUCAAGCGGAAUACACUCGAAAGACAGCAAAAGACAAAGAAACCAAUCGGAAACGCGAAUCUUCCAAUUUCGCACGUUCGUAACUCAGCCGAUCGAUUUAAUCACGUAGAUAUUAACAAUAAUAACACAUAUCUACUCGAAGGCAUAUUUUGCGUCAACGAUAUUUUUUUUUUUUUGCCUCAAAAUCGGAGAUUGCGUGUUGCGCGUAACGAAGUUCGUAGUCAUUUUAUUCUUUUCUCACACACACACUUGUGCACGGUAGCGAUAAGAGUUGUAAUAUAUGAUAUUUGAUACCCGCGCUACAAUUUACACACAGCUACGAGAAGAGAAACUCGAGCUCGCGAUGUCACGUAUUCGAUAACACGGCGAGUUAUGCUAGUCCAAUAUUUGUAAAAUCCCGACGAGAACUAAAGGCUAUUGAGCAUGGGAGUUUUCCUCCAAAGAACCGAGGGAGGAGGGAGGGUUGAAUCCUAUCUCUAAGGAAGAUUAUCACGAUGGGGGAGAGAUAAAUCACUAAAGAGGAUUCUACAAACGCGAGAUAGGUAUUACUAGAGAGGGAUGAAUCCUCUCGGUAUUACCUCAGUGGAAUAUUACUUAAUUAGCUCGCCCGAUCUCUCAGUUUCAUCUAAUUACUUUGUUUCAACGGCUUGUUUUAAUCAAAAUUUUGUAAUGUUUUUUUUCUAUGUCGCAUUGUUUUUCUCUCAACGAGGAAACGUCCGUUGUACGAACGUUUUAACACAGCAGCAGGUGUAAUAACCAAAGACGGCGAUCUUCGAACACCUGUGUCUGCACCGUUCGCGUUUAAAGACGCGCUUUGAGCUCGGAGAGCUAAUCUGACAAUCCGCUAUUCACACUCGAUAUAUCUUGAUCUUCGACGAGACGUCGAUGGACAGCUGCAUAUUGGCUACCGUUGACGAGGACCGACGAGUCGGUGACUUGUCGGGCGAGGUGAAGGACAAUAAUGAAGUGGAAGUGACGUCAUUGGAGGAAGCCAAGUCGGUCAUAGCGGCACUCAGGGCGAGGCAACGCGCACAGGCCCACCAAAUGCUCGCCUGGCGAAGGACCCUCAAACUACAGGAAGAUUUGGUGGCCCGAUUGACGCGGGAAAAGGCCGAGCAGCUGCGAACGCUGUCGUCGCAGCUUCUGCUGUUCGAGUCGAGACUCUGUAGAAAGCAGAAAGAGAUCGAAGCCAGUCUGAGUCAGCGAGAAUCAAUCAUUCUGCGACAACAGAGAGUGAUCCGGCAGUUGCAGAAUCGAUUGGCGGACAGGAGCACGGGCACCAGAGAUUCGCCGCCCUGCGACGCCUUGGACAGAUUGGACAGUUUGGGAGACAGCGACAGCGCCGUGGUGCUCGAGGAAACCGCCGACGAUCCAGCUCCACCGAGGUUUCGUUCUAAUAUUACUGACGUAACUGUGAUUCGUUCCGUGUCCGACGCGGUUGAGCCGUCGAGCAAAUAUUCGUCGUUGCGACGGUGCAACGGUCUUCUCCGAAGACCGGAGAUAUUGGAGACCGUCUAUUCCGUAGAAGAAGACGGUGAUAGCGAAAACAAUCAGGAUCCAUCCGAAUCGACGGAAAUCUCCGAGUACGAAGACAAGAGGGGAAAAAACUUGGGCAACGGUAAAGGUAGGCUGCAGGAUCUCUACGGUAGUUUCGAGAGACUGGCUCAGGAGACGAGUUCUUCGCCCACUGAGAAACCCAGAGACGAAAGCCAGCAGGCGCAGGUAACGUAUAACAGGGUAAUGAGCAACCACAGAUCCGUGACAAAGCCAAAAGACGUCAAGUACAAGAGGAUAAACAAGGCAAAAUCGAAAAGUCUCGAAGAACUCAGAGGACGUCUCAGAAAUUGGGUUGAAAAGGGAAAUAAAAUAGCUAUAUCGUUGGAUCAGUCAUAUGCUUGAGCUUACUAUAUAUAAAAAAAAAAAAAUCUACUCUGUGAAAGUAACUAAAUUAUUUUAUUAUUCGAGCGAGAAAAGUCUGUUCUCUCUGAAAUAUGUAUGUAUAUAUACCCCGCCUGUUGUUCUGUUCCGUAAUAAAAUUCACGAUUAACCCUUUUCUGCAGACGGCGAAUAUUCGUUGUUAAAAAAUAGCUUCUCUCUCAUACACAUUGCGGAAAUACAACGUAUAUGUUCGAUAUAAUAGAAAACAAAAAUCGCUCGUCACUUGCGGACGUCGCCGCCGCCGCCGCGAACGCUUUUUGUGUUGAAUUGCGCUGCAGUUAAAAGGUUAAGAAAUGAAUCGUUAACUUUAUACAUAGUCUCUAUGAUGUAUUUAAUUGAAAUAUCAUAUUGCUCUAUGUGAUACUUACUGGUAGUAUCUUAUCACAAUAUAGGUUUUGCGUGUAAAUAUCGGAGAUAAACAAUUGCGAAACUUGUGAUAUGAUUUUAUUGUACACGUAGGCGGUAGUUAGGAAGACUUUUUCGCGAAUCAAGAAAGAAUAACUCCUUAAAUGUGUCAUGGUGAGAAUUUAUAUUUAUCGUGUGUAUAAAAAAAAAGUAAAACCUCGCCGGUAUUUAUAUACAUAUAUUUAUAUAUACAUACAUAAACGUUACAUGUUUUAUUUAUAAGCAUAAUCACGCGUAUUAAUAGAGAAACUUCAAAGAGAGAGUUCUUUUAAUUUUUUAAUUUAAGAAUGUUAUUAUUUAAGCACACAUCGUCGAACGUCUUUUAUUAAACAAACAGGGUUGAGAGACGCAAACGGUUAAAUUUAAUAUAAUCGAUAUUUAUAUAACAAAUAUUCUUGUUGAUAAUCUACUCAAAGCAGAUGUUACAUCUCUCGUGCCUAUCUUUCUAUAAGCAACUAUUCUCUCCAAGGGCAUUGUAUAUUCUCGACAUAUAUAUAUAUAUGAUGAACUUCUUUGAUGAUGAUAAGCCAAAUAUGAGAUAAUCAGAAUAUAAAGACAAAUAUUCGAUAUUUUUUAAAACGAACACACACAUACACAGACACACACCCAACAAAUUGUCUUAUCUUUUGUUUCAGACAAGAUAUAAAAGUUUUCUAUAUCUCAAAUAUUUCGUUAAACGUCUAUAAAAUAUGCAGUUAAAAUGCAAUUGCUUGCCUAAAAUUAAAAAUAUCACUUCCAUACGACGAUCGUAUUGAUAUUUUUAAAAACAAUCUUGAUAAAAAAGUCGCACACAAGAGAACAUUUAAAAAAUUGACAUUUUUCUCCCGUGUAUUUUUAUUAAAAACCAAACUUUUUAUAAAAUUUCCACGUAUACUUUUUACCAUAUAAAAAACAAAGCACACACAUGUUAUUUUCUAUUAAAUUUAAACUCGGAUAUGUGUGCCGCGAGAUUGCACACAUUGCACGGCAGUAUUUCAAGAGAGAAACAUGUUUUUCAUAACGCGCUAUUACUAUUUAUAACAAUCUAUAUGCAUUACGCAUGUGUAUUUUAUUAGUUUUUUUUUCGAUGAAACAAGAAAGUAUGUACGCUCAAAAAACAAAAUCAUAACUCUUUGGAGUGAAUUGUGAUUUAAAAUAAAAACUUGUGAUAUAAAACACACACAUUUUCCUUUGGGUGUUUUGACUGCACCUACUUCGCUAAUUUUAUUAUCAUGUUUUCAAGCGGGCAACCAGGUGUAAACACAAGCUACCGACAAUCCGUAUUUAAAAAACAAAAGAAAAAAACCAAGCGAAUGUACGCGUAACCUCCGUAUAAAAUAUCUGGAACGAUCGUUCACUCAAGAAGAACGUGUAUAGAUGCUACGAUAUUAUGUAAAUAUAUAGACCUAUCGUUAAAAUAAUAUUAUAUUGUGUUUUAUGUUCCUGUGGACUGAUUGUAACAGUCAUCCAGAGAUCUCGUGCAUAAUAUAUAUAUAUAUAUAUAUACACUUGCACGUAUACAUGCAUAUAAAAAUAUAUACAGAUAUUAUACACGCGCGCGAUACACACACGCAUAUAUAUAUAACAUAUAAAUGGAAUAAUGUGUCGAAAUAAUGUAAUGUCGAGUCUACUACUAAUGUUACACGUGGACAAGCAAGAAAUCUUUGUCUCGAAACAUUUGAAUUAUAAGAUUUGAAACAACAUCGGCUUGUACAAUCAUGUGAGUAUACAUGUGCAAAUAAGAGCUACUCGAGUACAGAGAGAAGGAAAGAGAGAAAGAACAUCUCUCGGUACUAGUUUAAUUUAUGCACAAUGUCAUCGCCGUGUGUACCGUCGCUUUACUUAGAAACUGAGUAGACUGCUACAUCUAUGAUUUUAUAUAUAUAUACAUAUAUAUACAUAUAUAAAAACACA